AUGCCCAGGCCACGACUUGGGGAGGUGGGGGCUGCCGUGACCUGGAGCCCGGGGCUCUCACGGGGGUCACUGCUGCUGGCGGCAAGGCAGGGAGGGCAGAAGUGCGCAAGCACAGAUGUCUAUUUUUCUAAACCGCGGGGCGGGGCGCCUCCUAAUGGCUUCCAAAGAGCUGGCGCCGUGCGGAGGUGCCCGCAGUGCGUCCCACCCCGCCCCGAAGUCUCUUUCCUUUGGGACCCCGGGUUCCCAGAGCUGAGGAAGCCGAUCCUUCAUGUUUUGGUAGCCGUUUUGUUUUCAUUCGGGACAAGGUGGGGAAAGAGCGGAGCAGGCUUGGGGGGGCCGAGCCCCGCGGAGGGCGAGGUGCCGACUGCGCGGCCGACGCGCGGACUCCGGUCGCACAGGAGGUUGUAAGGAGGCCCCAGCCUUGGGGCGCCGUGCGAGGGACUUUCGGUUGAAUUUGCCUUUUUGUCGUUAUUUCUCCUUUUAAGGAAUUAUGAAGCUAAGGAAAGUUUCGUGCUUUGGGGGUUGGUGGACGAGCUGAUUAAAUGUGGUCUAACUUAUUGAUACUGUUUUUUUUCCUUUAAUGUUGUACUGUGGAGAAAACCUAUUUGAGCCAUGGAGUUGGUGUUUACAAGAACUUUUCACUUCUGCCAAAAUGUUACAAUUGAAAGGCAUCUGCGUCUUCAGUUUCCUAAUAUUUUCUUAAAAGAUCUAGUGUCCUUUUUGUACACUAAACAGGUGAAUGCUGAUUUUUUCAAUCUACAAUAAAUUUCAGUGAACUG